AGUUUUUCAGACAAUAGUUGGCGCUGAUUUCGAUUCCCGCCCAAUAUCUGUUUGCCUAUCUCACCGUUGAUGUCUGUCGCUAACGCUACCACAUUGGGACGCCGGCACAGAAACUGAAUUAUAAAACGAUAAUGGACAUCUCCAAGUUAAAAGUUGUGGACCUGAAAAAAGAGUUGAAAAACAGGGGACUCAGUACCAUUGGAACAAAAAAUGAAUUAAUGGAACGAUUGCAAGAUGCCGUGCAUGAAGAUGAAACAGGAGAUAAUGGAGCUUUGGAUAAUGACGAUCUUCUAGAUGAAGAGGCAGUUUUGGCAGAAGAAUCUGAUGAAGCUAUCUUAGAAGAGGGAAGCACAAAUCUGAUUGUGCCAGAAGAUGAUGCAGCUCUCCUAACACCAACUGCAUUGAUCACUCCCAAAGUUUCUGCUGAAGUGCCUGCCCAGAAUUCAAAGAGUGAAAUAGGCACUUCCCGCAAAAAAAUCAUCUUGAAUAGGAAAGUAGCAUCUUCUCUCACUUCAGGGGAAGAAAGUGUUUUACAGGAAACAGAAACUCCUGAUGCAAAUAGUCCCAAUAAGAGUAAUGAAACAGAAACUAAGGAAGAAAAAAAGGUGGUCAAACUUGGUUCCUUGUCUGCUGAAGAAAGAGCCAAGCUCAGAGCCCAAAAAUUUGGGGUUCCUGUUCCCGAUUCCCUUAAAAAAGCUGUAAGAGCAGAGAGGUUUGGUAAUGCAAAUUCCACAGUUGCACCAACUGGUAAAUCACAGGUGGUUGACAAUGAGAAACUCUUGAAGAGGCAAGCUCGUUUUGGAGUUGUAUCAAAUGCCGAAAUUGAUGAGAAGAAGCAAAAACGAGCAGAAAGAUUUGGAGCUAAUAAUGUUGGCGGCGCCAGUUCUGACGAACAGAAACGUAAACGUGCGGAGCGUUUCGGUCUUGCCUGAAAUCGUCUUUUUGUGUGUUUAUAACUUGACGUAUGUUAGUGGUCGAAACAAAGACGUGUGCGAUCACUUGAUAAUCUUUUAUUUUCUUUGGCUAGUUUUCCCCUCGAGUAAUUUGCACACUCUCACAAUAUAUUUUAAGCAACGUGUU